CGCGCACACACCCUCUCUGUUUCUCACACACGGAGGAGAGAAGAAGGACGGUGAGGAGGAAAGAGUGGAGAAAACGAGGAGAAGAAGAGGAGGAGAGGGGGGAAAGCGCACGGAGGAAGAUCGGAGGAGAAAUGCGCGCUGGACGGAUGGAUUUUAUUCUCCCAGAGCUGUUCGAGCCUUUGUAAGACAAACAUGGGCUGCAUUGGAUCCCGGACGAUCGCAGCCGAUGCAGUGCCGGUACGGAAAGAUGGGGAUCAGCAUGGCCGUGCCGAGUUUUCCUGGGAAGGCAUCAAUUUGUCCAUGGAGGACACUACGUCCAUUCUGCCUCGUCUCAAGAGGAAGCCCGCCAACACCUAUGGGAUCGGUGCCCUGGCUAAGUCCUCUCUGUCAGGUGUGUCAGGUGUAUCUCGUUCCAUGAAGGACAAGGUGACCAAGCCCACCGCCAUGGCCCAGGGUCGCGUCGCCCACAUGAUCGAGUGGCAGAGCUGGGGCAAGCCGUCGGCGGGGCCGCUGGGGGGGGCGGGGCACACCAACCUGCAGCGGGAAAAGGAGCGGAGGAUGGAGAACGACGCGUACAGUGACCUCAGCGAUGGUGAAAAGGAGGCUCGCUUUGCUGCAGGUAUUAUGCAGCAGUUUGCCAUCUCAGAGGCAACGCUGUUCGGCUGGAACUCCGUGGACGGGGAGAGCAUGGGGGCUGGCUCCAACCAGGGCAGUGUAGCCCACCUGAGCGAGGUCAAUCAGGAGAGCAUCACCAGCAGAGACCAGGUGCUCCAUCACUCUUCAGCAGACGUCUGGCCUCACACCUACGUCUCACAGGGCCUUUACUGCCUCUCGUCCUCGGAUGCCUGGGAACCAAUCACCAGCCAGCCCUCGGGCGUGGUCUCGCCGGCCGCUGGUUCCUACAUCAUGGCUGCAGGUGGGAGCAGCGGGGCGGGCGGAACGCCCGGAGAGGGGUUUGACGGGACAGUGGGCGGGUACCUUCAGCAGCAUCAGGCUCAACUUGCACUGCAGCAGCAAAGUCAACUCCAUCAGCUUCAACAGCUUCAUCACUACCAGCAACAACAGUUCCUGCAGUAUCAACAACAACAGUCUAUGGAGCACAGGCUACACAGUGCCUCUCAUUCCCUCCAAGCCACCCCCAACAGCACCAUCCACAGCCUCGGCCCUCCCACUCAUCCUCGACUAGCCGACCUUUGGGGAGCUGCGCAGGUUGACGCCCAUCAGGUGGAGAUCGCUGGGCAGCUGAGCGCACAGAUGGUCGACAUGGUUGGAGGGGUGGUGGAGACAGUUGGAGAGGAGCCAGAACCUGGGUCUGAAGGGAUUCCUGAGCAGCACGAAGAUGAGGAGGAGCUGACUAGAGUAGAAGAGGUAACAUUGACCUUGGAGCCGGAGCCGUGCUCUUUAACACCAUCACCACUGAGGGAGGAAGCCCCAACGACUAGAGGUUCAAGCCCAGGACUUCUGGCACAGGCCGCCGAAUCCGUCAUGGAGAGAAUACCAUUUGACAUCACCCCUUGCGUCGUCCAGUCGCUGGAGGAGAAGGACGAGGACUCAGAGGAUGGCUCCAUUGUCAUUGUUGCGACCAACUGAGUCACAUGAUGACAAAAAGACUUGCAGGACUUAAAUACUCCAAUAAUCAGCCAAGCUACUAUCGCACCCCUUUCUUUUCCCAAAUAUUUACCUUUCUAAUUCUGAAUAAAUGCCAUUCCGGCUGGAAAUGUGGGAUGUACUGUGUCCAAAUAGAUGCCACCUUCCCCCUAACUUCCAGGUUUAGCAUAAAACCUGGACUCUGACAGGUUAAAUAUUAGGCAGAUGAGUGACAUGAAACUCCAUUAUGGAUUAUUGUUAUUAUUUAGACCAACUGGACAAACAUAGCAGAACUGGAAACCAAAUGGAGAUGAAAGAAUGGGGAAUGUCUAAAAAUCUGUGCAAUACUACAAAUAAGGACUUGGGUUGGUAAGUAAUUCAGAGUGCUUGGUUGGCGUCACUCGUAGCAUCAGAAGAGACUGACUGGACUGGCCGUUUGAUGCAGAAGGACUUCUUAAAGAAGAGAACCAAGACUGUGGAGCGACCUGAGGCGUGCACUUGGGAGUCAUCUGCAAACAUCAUCUGACCACAACCAAACGAAAGUGCAUGCUUUUUAACAGUGACCUAGCCCUAAAAGUAUAACGCAGUAUACAGAGUAAUAAUAUAACAAAUGCGAUUUUUAUAAUAAAAGAAAAAAAAUCCAGUAAA